ACGAGAGAAGCAGCAAGAGCAAAAGAAAAUGGAAAAAAUGGAAGUCGAUGAGAAUCCACUAACCGAAACCCUUGCCCUAGAAGAACAACAAGAACCAGAACCAACGCGAAAUGGAACUCAAUCCUCUUCCGAUUCAUCGGACGAUUCAGACUCCGACUCAGAGGACGAGUCACAGCAGAACUCCAAGCUUAAAACCCUGGAAUCCGAGCUCGCCGCCAAUCCCUCCAGCUAUGAAACUCACGUCGAGUAUAUUAAAUUGUUGAGGAAAAUGGGAGAAAUAGAGAAACUAAGAGAAGCAAGAGAAGCUAUGAAUUUGUUGUUCCCAUUGACGCCUGUAAUGUGGCAAGAAUGGGCUAAAGAUGAAGCUUCUCUUUCUACCGGGACUGAGGGUUUCUCUGCUGUUGAGAAGAUUUAUGAGCGAGGAGUGUUUGAUUAUCUUUCUGUUCCUUUAUGGUGUGACUACUUGAAUUAUGUGCAAGAAUGUGACCCUUCAGUGUGCGAGUGCUCGCCUAAUGGAAUUUCAAAGGCCAGAAAUUUGUUCGAGCGUGCUUUGACUGCUGUUGGUUUGCAUGCUACAGAAGGAAAUAAAAUAUGGGAAAGCUAUAGGGAAUUUGAGCAGGCUAUUUUAUUAACUAUGGAUGAGGCAGAUGCCAAGGUGAAGGAAUCACAGGUCCAGCGCAUUAGAAGUAUUUUUCACCGCCGGUUGUCUGUUCCACUUCAAGACUUGAGGUCAAUUCUCCUUGCAUACAUGGCUUGGGAUGUGGAACAAGGAAAUGUUUCUGAUAUGACAUCAAGUGAUGUUGAUGGAAUUCCUCCUCGUGUGGCGUCAGCUUACCAAAAGGCAAUGGAAAUGUACAAUGCCCGUGCUCAACAUGAAGAACGUAUCUCUAAGCAAGAUGUACCCGAGCAAGAAAAAUUUCAAAAUUACACGAGCUAUUUAAAUUUUGAAAAGUCUGCAGGCGAUCCAGCCCGAGUUCAAGCUUUAUAUGAACGUGCUAUAAUGGACUUUCCUGUAUCAAGUGAUCUCUGGCUUGAUUAUACUCGCUACUUGGACAAGACCUUAAAGGUUGGAAAUGUUGUUAGAGAUGUUUACAUCAGAGCUACAAAAAGUUGUCCAUGGGUUGGAGAACUUUGGGUUAGAUAUUUGCUUUCCCUGGAACGCGGUCGCGCUUCUGAAAAUGAGAUAUCUACUGUCUUUGAAAAAUCCUUGCAAUGCUUGUUUUCAACAGUUGAUGAGUACUUGGAUUUAUUUCUUACACGGGUGGAUGGCCUGAGGCGGAGAAUUUCUUUUGGCGGUGAAACAGAGGCUGUGGUGGAUUAUUCAUUAAUUAAGGAGACCAUGCAGCAUGCAUCUGAUUACUUAUCUCCACAACUAAAGAACACAGAUAGUUUGCUGCGUUUGCACACUUACUGGGCUCGUUUAGAGCUGAAUUUGGGAAAAGAUUUAGCAGCUUUUCGUGGAAUUUGGGAGAGCUUGCUUAAGAUCAGCGGUUCAAUGUUGGAAGCCUGGCAAGGUUUUAUAGCGAUGGAAGUUGAACAAGGGCACAUAAAUGAAGCCCGGUCCAUCUAUAAAAGAUGCUACAGUAAAAGAUUUACUGGAACAGGCUCAGAGGACAUAUGCCAUUCGUGGCUGCGCUUUGAGAGGGAAUUCGGGACACUGGAGGAUUUUGACCAUGCUGUGCAAAAGGUUACCCCCCGUCUGGAAGAGCUACAAUUAUAUCGGAUGCAGCAGGAAUCAAAAACAUUGGUAUCAUCAACAGAUCAGAAAGAGAAUCCCAUCAAGAAAAAUGUCCGUGAAAAGAGAAAGGUAGGUCCUGAUUCCACCAAAGAAGAGUCUCCGGCAAAAAAGAAAAAAACAACACCUCAAUCCCAAGCAGGUUAUGAGAAGAGUAAAGAGUCCACUGAAGUGGCCAAAUCUAAGGUAGAAAAGAAAGAUAGCAACCAGGAAAAAAAACAGGACUACGGUAGUGGAAGAAAGAAAGGAUAUACCGACCAGUGCACUGCAUUUAUAUCAAAUAUUAAUCUCAAGGCAAUUGAUGAAGACUUGCGUAAUUUCUUCGGCGAUGGUGGUGGGGUGGUCUCCAUUCGGAUAUUGCAUGAUAAGUAUACAGGGGCAUCAAGGGGACUCGCAUAUGUGGACUUUUCAGAUGAGGAACACCUUGCUGCAGCAAUUGCAAAGAACAAGCAGAUGUUACUUGGGAAGAAGCUGAGCAUUGCACGGUCAAAUCCCAAAGAAAGCAAAAAAGGCGGCCGUGGUUUCUCUAAGCCACAGACUGAUAAUACUGACCAAAGUGGAAAACAAGAAUCAGCUUCCAAUGUGGCAACUGAAUCCAAGGAAUCUGGGGCACCUAAGAAUUCAAACUUCCCAUCUCGUAAUCGGGAUGAUAAGAUCGAGUUCAAAGGGAAAAACACUUUUUUGGUGCCGAGAAAUGUGAAGGCACUUGGUUGGAGUGAAAACAAACCAAAAACUGUGGAAGAGGGAGAUGAGAAGCCAAAGUCCAAUGAUGAGUUCAGGAAAAUUUUCAUUAAAAAAUAAGAACAUUUUUGUGGGUGGCAGACUGGAUGAUCAGAGCUUGAGCAUCAUAAACAUGGGCUCAGAAUCUUUUCACCUUGGAUGGGGAAAACAAUAGUGGUAAAAAGUAAUUGUCCAAAGAAAACAGAAGUUUCUGAAUUUUUACUGUUACUAUGAAUAUGAUAAUGCCUAUACCCUUUUUCUGGGCUUUGCUUA